GGUACUUGAAGAAGAAAUGCGCCUACCUUACGUCAUGCUGAUUAAGGUGUUGGCGUGCCUGCUGUGCGCGCUGGGCCCCGCGCUGUCCCAGGACGGCAGCGCCGCGCUCGGCCGCGCCCACAACUACGGCGGCGAGCAGGCCUACCACACGGUCGAGGACUCGCACUCGGUCAGCGUGAAGAACUCGCGCACACACGUCAGCGGCGGCGGGCGGGCGUCCGGCUCCGAGGCGACGGCGUCUACGUCGACCACGACGUCGGGCGCCGCCGGCCCUCCUCCUCCUCCUCCUCCUCCUCCUCCUCCUCCUCCUCCUCCUCCUCCCCUGUCCCCGGCGCACACCCGCCCGCACCUCUGGCAGCACGCCUUCCCGAGCGUCUCCUGGUACUACCCUUACCAGCACCCCUACUCCCCUCGCAGCGCCCGCAACCCUCGCUACUACUGAAGAGCGGUGUCUGCCCUACAGCAUCAUCCACAGACACGAUGACAUCGGAUCUGCAGUUCGUGAUUUUCCAUCACAAAAGAAAAUGACAUGGAAAAAUCCCCCAUAGCUUCCCUAUGUGCUCGAAUGAGAAGACUGCUGCGCGCCGGUUCAGAGACGAUGCCUGCGAGCGUUGCGGUCGUCAUCCCGACACACUAACACACACACACACACCUAUGGUUAGACGGAAAAAACAGACACGACGUUUCAGUCAGGAAGUUAGUUUUUGAGACAUCAUCGGCUGCAUCGAGAGGCUUGGUGAAACCGUCAACAGCACCAAACCGCUCUCUUCUCUUCCUUUCGGUCGUUUUCCUCAGGAGCUAAGCCCUAAUCGCGAGUGUUUAGGCUGUAGCCAUCCGACCCAUCAGCCACGCGGGCCCGUUCUGCAAUGCCACGUAAACGGAGACUGAUCAGGCGGAACGAUACACUGUCACGUCCGCUGCUUCCACAAUUUGCAUGGAAAACGUAACAAACGAACAACCACGUGAACUGCAUUUCAAGGUUACGAAAUAUUGAUUUAAUUAAAUAUAGCUAUAUAUUGCUUCGAUAUCAUAGCACGGGCAGAAUUUUCAUACAUGAUGAAAAUAAACUACAAAGUAAUAAUAAAAAAACUAGUUAUUCUUGUACUUGAAACAAUGUUUAAUGUAUUUAGGCAUAAACAAUCAUGGCUACCAUCGCUCUAUUGGUCGCACGGAGCAACGUAAAAGGAACGUAAGAACUCGGCAUUGCCGAUCUGUUCCGUGCGAUCCGUCUCCGUUUACGUGUCACUGUGGUGCGGUCGGGGCAGCUAACCCCAGACACCUUAGCAGAAGUUUCUGAUUGUUCACUCGUUCGACACGAUUCAAUCUUUAGACAGAAACUGAGGACCACACUCUUAAUCAAGUUACCCAACCUUAAUAAACACACCUUAAUCAAGAGUCUUGUGUAGUGCGGCCUAUACAUUAACCUUAGAGCGCAUAUCAAUAAAAAAAAAUCCUGGUUUGUAAUUUAGAAUAAUUUAACCAUUGAUCUAUAAACACACACAAGUUCGCCAUUUUUUAAUAUUUCUAAAUAUUUAAAUUUUUUCAUAAUCUUUGAGAGGUUUAUUGAAAGUUUUCAGAUCCUAACAGAUUAACUUGCCAUUGAUCACGGAUUGUGUACUCUUUGUUAAAUCUAUACGCCGAUUAAUCAAUUAUCACGUGUAAUCCCCUUCUGUAAGCUGACCAUGCCUUUCUUCUUUCCAACACAUUCCACUUAAAAGUAAUUUUUCAUUGGUAAUUCUGUGUAUGGUGAUGGCUUUUUAGCAUUGUGGUCAUAAAGUGUACUGUUACUGUGUGUAAUUUUUUUUUUAAAUUAAACGAUUUAUCAAAUUGUUUUGUCUCAUUUCAGAACUAUACGCAGUUUUUUAACCAGUGGGUUAAAAAUCCUCCUAGUAAUGUAUUUUUAGUUGGAAUUGACAUAGUUACCACAAAAGGUCAAUCAUCAAUCCUCAUUGAGGAGUUUACGGUAGCAAGGAAUCAAGAGUGACUAAAAUUACUUAACGCUCCUGUAUAUUGCAGGGAGGGAAACUUG